AUGAAGAUUGAAGAUAUUCGCGAGGCGUUGAAACUUAAAAUCAGUAAAGAGCGAGUGGGAGCUGAGCUGGAAAAGAUGUUGCGCGGCCCCGAUCCUCGUGGUGCAUUGGAGCUCAUCGACCGACUCCAACUGUUCCCCACUAUCUUCGCUAAUCAUCAGGAUGAGGUCAAGGCUGAUACAUCAACAUGGCCAUUUGCCUACAAUACCAUGGCACGAUUGCUGCAUCCUGAGGCUGGUGAUAGCGAAGAGGUUCAAGCAGUCACUAAGCGCGUUCGGGAUAUUCUAUUCCGAGACGAGACUACCAUAUACUAUGCCUGGAUGAUUGCGACCUUUGCUCCCUGGACUUCUAUCCCCGGUCGUACUGGAAAAGGAACCAAACCCUUGCCUCCGCGAGCGGUUGAGGUUGGAAGAGAUAGCCUUCGUACUGACAACAAGACCCUCAAUGCCCUGCGCGCUUCUGCUCUGCAUUACAAGGAAGCAAUUGCCACCAAAAAUGCACUUCUUGCCAACGAGAUCAGUGGAACACCGGCAGAAAUCCGACAGCACAUUGGAUUGCAACUACGGUCGUGGAACAAGGAUUGGAAGCUUUGCAUUCUCCUGGCUAUCAUGCAAGAAGCCAUGGCGCUUCGUGAGUUCGCAGAAGUCUUCCGCGAAUACGAUCAGUUCCUUGCGUACAUUGUAGAAAGCGAUCUCGAGGACGUUUGUGACCUCAAGCCCAUUGUAAACGGCGACGAAAUUUUGAAAAGUCUGGGGGCCAAAAAGGGACCCUGGAUGUCCAAGGCAAUUAAUAUGGCCAUGGAAUGGCAACUUCUUCAUCCUGAUAUCACAGAGAAGGAAAAAGUGCUGGAGGAGAUCGUGGGUCGACGAGCAGAAUUAAAGUGA